CUUUGUCUACAAGUCAAGUCUCUACUGUCCCAACCAAAGUCAUAACAGUCGCACAGUGGCCUGCAUCAUCAUUAUUACCACUACAAAUCCAAGCAAGCCUGAGAGGUUCCCUGUGUCCCGGUCACCUCUGUGCUACAAGUGAAAAGGACUCUCUUCCCUGCUGUGUUCAUAAAGCUGGUCUCCAGGGACUCCUCACUCCUCCUUGAGAAGAGACACCAUAACCAGCAGCAGACAACUGGGACUGUACCAAUACUGACAUUCACAAUCCUUCUCUAACACAAGGACUCAUCGGGGAUAUUGUUCGGAUUCACAUAUCAGAAGGAAAACCUGCUAGAAGAUGACAGUCACCUACUCCAGUAAAGUGGCAAAUGCCACAUUCUUUGGGUUUCAUCGACUGCUGCUCCGGUGGAAAGGUAGCAUUUACAAAUUGCUCUACAGGGAGUUCCUAUUGUUCAUCAGUUUAUAUACCACAUUGAGUGUUAUAUACAGAUUUUUUCUUACAGAUUCUCAAAAACGCUAUUUUGAAAAGCUAUCACUUUACUGUGACAGAUACGCAGAACAAAUCCCAGUAACCUUUGUGCUAGGAUUUUAUGUCACCCUUGUUGUGAAUCGAUGGUGGAAUCAGUUUGUAAAUCUUCCUUGGCCUGACCGACUUAUGUUACUCAUCUCCAGCAAUGUGCAUGGAAGAGAUGAGUAUGGACGACUGCUUCGCAGGACACUUAUGCGUUACGUGAAUCUUACAUCAUUGCUUAUUUUUCGCUCUGUUAGUACUGCAGUCUACAAAAGAUUCCCAACCAUGGACCACGUUGUAGAAGCAGGAUUUAUGACAGCAGAUGAAAGAAAAAUAUUUGACAACCUUAAAUCCCCACAUCUUAAAUACUGGGUGCCAGUGGUUUGGUUUGGAAAUAUAGCUUCAAAGGCCAGGUCUGAAGGAAGAAUUCAUGACAGUGUUGACCUACAAUUAAUGUUAAAUGAGAUGAAUCGGUAUAGGUCCUGGUGUGGUCUCCUCUUUGGUUAUGAUUGGGUUGGCAUUCCUCUGGUGUAUACACAGGUAGUAACACUGGCUGUGUAUACAUUCUUUGUUGCUUGCAUAAUUGGACGUCAGUUUUUAGACCCUUCACAGGCGUAUGCAGGACAUGAUCUGGAUCUCUAUGUUCCCAUAUUCACGCUCCUGCAGUUCUUUUUCUAUGCAGGCUGGUUAAAGGUGGCUGAACAACUCAUUAACCCAUUUGGUGAAGAUGAUGAUGAUUUUGAGACUAACUGGUGCAUAGAUAGAAAUCUACAGGUUUCCCUCAUGGCUGUAGAUGAAAUGCAUUUGAAUUUACCAAAGAUGGCCAGAGACAUCUACUGGAAUGACACUGAUGUACGGCCACCAUACACACUUGCAGCUGCUGACUACUGUAUUCCUUCAUUUUUGGGAUCAACAGUCCAAAAGGGACUUCCUGACUCUGUGUUUCUAAGUGAAGACUGGCUUCUUGACGAAGAAAAGCACAGACGACAACAUUCUGUUAUAAGACGAGUAAAGAGGUUUUUAAGUGUUCAUGAGCAUCCUGAGUCUCCGGUCAGAUCUGCAUUAAGUCGACAAGGAAGUGAUGCAUCGAAUAUGUUUUUUCCUGCUGAACCAACUUAUUUUGGUAGUUAUCAUGAAAUGGCUCCUCGAAGAAACCACCUAUUACAUGUUAAAAGACGUGAAUCUGCUGACAGAAAUGCUAAGCUAGGUAUUCCUAGGGCAGAUCUAUCUGUUAUUCGGGAAUCUAGCAGAUCCCCUGGAUCAGACAAGCAGCCUUCUAGUGACAGUAACAAUACACCUAGUUCCCCUCUACAAGUGCCUCAAGUUGUGGUUACAACAGCUUCUGAAACAGUAGUACAAAAUGACGCUAAAUAUAAGUCAGCUCCACACAUCAACACAUAUAAAGAAGAAAAAGCUGAAGAGAAACAAAGUGAACAGCAUCCUAUUGAUCUUCUUUCCGAAGGAAGCAACCAAGAAGACUUAGUAAAGAAACAAAUGAAUGUAGAAAAGGAGAAAGAAGGAAAGACCACAAAAAAAGAGCAGCUGUCUUCCCAUAGAUGGAGUGAAACAGUGUUCCCAGAACAAAGUCUUCUUUUAAGUUCACAACCACUAAGGACAUCGUUCCCAAACAUCCCCCUUUCUUUGACUUUACAGAAUGAAGCAGCUGUACAAGAAAACAGCUCCAAUGUAAGUGCACCGCAAGGUCCAUCUGAAGAACUGUUACAUAUACUGGAACAUAUCAAUGCUAAGGAAACUGAUAUAGUGGAAUUUCACAAUGAAAAGAAAGAAAAGUAACACUGUGGUUGUCAAUAAACUAUUUGGUAACUCUCAAACCUUAAUAAAGAGAAGAAAGGUUUUUACAAUUCA